CCACACUCACCCCUCGAAUUUGUGGAGGGCUUCAUCUUUCAACUCUUUCUCUCUCAGCCCUACCUUUCCAACCUCGCUCUAAUUUCCUCCCCACCCUCUUCAAAAAAUCCCCGUCCACCAUCCGGGAAUUCCCUGUCUUUCUUUCAGGUUGCAUCAGCGUUCUUUUCUCUCGCCUCGACUCAACCAUCCCCGCCAUCGGGCCCAUCUCACAUUUUUAUCCCACCUCGAGCCUGUCCGGCGUGACCGACCACAACCGCCGACAUGCCGCCCAAGAAGGCCGAUGCGCCUAAGAAAAAGCAGUCCACUGUCGCGGACAAGACUUUUGGCAUGAAGAACAAAAAAGGUGGUGCCGCCAAGAAACAGAUCCAGCAGAUGCAGGCCAUGGCCAAGUCCAACAAGGAUCCCGAUGCCAAGCGCAAAGAAGCCGAGAAGGAAAAGCGCGAGGCAGAGAAGAGGGCCGCCGAGUUGGCAAAGAAGGAGGCUGCAGAACUGUUCAAGCCCGUUCAAGCGCAGAAGGUACCCUUCGGUGUUGACCCGAAGACCGUGCUGUGCAUGUUCCACAAGAAGGGUGGCUGUGAGAAGGGCAAGAAGUGCAAGUUCAGUCACGAUUUGAACAUUGAGCGCAAGGCUGCCAAAAAGGAUCUUUACACCGACUCGCGUGACGGCGAAGAAGGCGAGGAGAAGAAGAAGGCCGAUACUAUGGACAACUGGGACGAGGAGAAGCUGCGUAGUGUUGUGAUGAGCAAGCACGGUAACCCACGGACGACGACCGAUAAGGUGUGCAAGUACUUUAUCGAAGCGGUCGAGAACCAGAAGUAUGGUUGGUUCUGGGUCUGUCCGAACGGAGGUGAUAAGUGCAUGUAUAAGCACAGCUUGCCGCCAGGAUUCGUUCUCAAGACUAAGGAGCAGAAGGCUGCUGAAAAGGCCCUGAUGGACAAGUCGCCCUUGAACACGCUUACCUUGGAAGAUUGGCUGGAGUCGGAGCGACACAAGCUGACUGGCACCUUGACGCCAGUCAACCCAGAGACCUUUGCCAAAUGGAAGAAGGAGCGCUUAGACAAGAAGGCCGCCGAGGCGGAGGCACAGAAGGCCAAGGAGGCCACGGGUCGUGCGAUGUUCGAGAGCGGUGACUGGAAAGACGAGGAGGAAAGCAGCGAGGACGAGGAUGAGGAGGAGGACGAUGUCUGGAACUUGGUGGCCCUGCGGAAUGAGACCGAGAGGAUGCGUGAGCAAAAUGAGGAGGAGCGAGUGGCCAAGCUCACCGGGGUGGAAACCCCUCUAUCAAAUGAUGAUGCUAUUGCACAGGAGGCUGCUGGUUGAGCCCCCUGAUAUCUCCUGCGAAAUUAGUUUCGUGGGACUCUAGGAUCUGUUUCCCUUCAGGUCUCCCAGGAGUCGACUUCACUAGUAUGAUUCCUCAGUCCAAUGGGAUCAGAUAUCCAUGACGAAGGAUCGCUGCUACGGCGUGUCGCCCGUUCCUGCAUCUUGAGAUGUACAGACGGACGUUCGCUCUGAGUGACCUCGUGCUCCUAGAGGCCCGGCCUAUUCCCUGGCUCAAUUCUCUUUUUCUAAAUCGGGUAUUUGAACGAUCCGAAAUGUCGAUAGACAAGGUGAAGAAUUAGAUGUUAGUAAAAGGUGGCAGGGUUCUGGAGGAUCCUGUAUUUAUGAGACGGAAGAUUUAACGACUGAUAUCAUUACAUGGCAGCUUUUUGCUUUUGGUAGCAAAAAGUCCGUUCAUUCCCAGUAUUGUUCAAUUUCUAUAGCAAACGUUUCCUACCUGCU